CACUAGAUACAAUGAACUUUGCACUAAAGAAAACACAAUCCUUCCUCCUCUCUGUCUCUUUCUCUGUCUCUUGCUCUAGUUCCUGAGCUCUCCUCAGCUAUGAGGAUCUUUUCAUUUGCUCGUGUCCUGCUGUUGCUGUUUCUCUCUUGUUUUGUUGCUAUUGUCAGUCCAACAGUAAUCCUUACACAGAAUGUCACUAAUACUGUAGAAGACAGCAUUACAGUGUUCCCUGGAAUUACGAUACAAAUAACAUGUAAUGUUACUGGUUCUAAUUCUUUAUCAUGGAACAUGACUGGAAGUACUGAAAGUCCAGCUAUCAGUGAGAUGUUUCAAACUGAUACACUUGGUGGUUUCAGUUUGAUGUUUUUAAGUAUUGAUGGAUCAGUAAUAUCAUCUACAGCAACAGCAGUUACUUCAUCCAAUACUUCGAUAACUUGCAGGGAUGGUACUCCUGGUAGUAGCAUUAGUGCAACCAUUGAUAUAAUUAUUAAACCAGUUGAUCCACAAAUUUAUAUGAUACAGAAUGUCACUAGUGAUUCCAGUAAUAUAACAGUAUGUCCUAAUGACCCUAUUACCUUUAGUUGCCGCUCCACUACUGGUAUAUUGGUCUGGGCACUGGACGAUGGACAAAGCAUUUCCAUGGCUUAUUUCACUAGCCUUGGAGAGAUGGUAACCUUAGGAGACUUUGAGCUAGUAGUUACUAACGUAACAAUAUUGUCACUGGAAAUUGAAUCAACUGCAACCAUCAGUUCUCCUGUUACUAAUUUCACACUAUCUUGUCACACUAAUGUCACAAAUGGACUUAAUAGACUUAGUUCUGCAAUAGAAGUUACUGUUAGAAGUCCUCCUGUUCCAGUAUCAUCAGUCAAUGUGUCUGAGGUUUGCUAUGACAGUAUUUCAUUAAAUUGGACUGAUACUAUCAAUUCAAUUGACACACCACAACUGGAUCAUUAUCUAGUGUCUGUAACAGCUCAAAAUACUCAAACAGACCUCAUUGUUAAUGGAUUCAAUACCAGUCUAACAGGACUGACCAGUAAUGAACAAUAUACCUUAUCAGUGGUUUCAGUUAACUGUGCUGGUAAUAGUACUCCAAUGACAGUUCAAAGGACCAUUAUGGCACAAAAGCCAUCUGUACCAACACUGCAAGGAUUAGACCUUCUUUCUGAUCGCAGUAACACAUCAAUUGCCACUAUAUCCGUUAGAUGGGAGUUACAGAUUGCCUACAGCCUCCUGUCACUAGUUAUAGUAUCAUGGUUUCUAGUGUAAUAAGGACUGUUCAUACAGUUAAUAGCUCAAUGACCAGCAGUACUUUUACUGUACCAUCUUGUGGUCCAUCACUAGU